UUGCCCGCUGUGUUUGUCUCGCUUGCGGAAGUUUCGUUUGCUUUGGUCUUUCUAUUUUUCCUGAUGAUCACGUAACAUUUUAGCCGAUCAAUGUUGUAGAGAAGUUAAUCGGAACUGGGUAGCGUACGAAAACAACGGGGCCUGCCGGCAAAAAUAGAGUCAACUUUCUGGAUCUUCUGAAGGAGCCUGACAUCGAGACUACCCAGCUGUUUACGCGGCUAGCUAGGCUUCCCGGAGCGAGCGUUAGGUUUAGCAGCGUGCACAUGUCCACAACUCCUCGGGGCCACGCCGCAUCAUGCUCCGCCACCGUUCCCCGAUCGCCUGCGCCCUGAUCCUCGGCGCCUGGCUCGCGUCCGCCCGUGGCGAUCCCGUGGUCCGCACGGCGACUGCUACCAUCCGCGGCGUCACCAAGCGCUUCACCGGCGCAGGCCUCAGUCGAGAUGUGGACAUCUUCAAGGGGGUUCCGUACGCCGAGCCGCCGGUGGGGAGGCUGCGGUUCCGCCCGCCCAGACCCCGGAGCCUUGCCGGCGAACUGGACGCGCGGGCGUUCGGCAUGGUCUGCCCGCAGACCGGCUACGGGCCCGACGUGCCCGACCCUUCGGUGCAGAGUGAGGACUGCUUGACGUUGAACUUGUAUGUUCCCAAACCAGCGCCGCAGGACGGCGCUGUUAUGGUGUGGAUCCACGGCGGGGCGUUCCAGAUGGGCUCCGGAUCCGGAUAUGACGCCACGGCGCUGGCCGCCAUCGGUGACGUCAUCGUCGUGACCUUCAACUACCGACUCGGACCUCUUGGAUUCCUUAGUACAGGAGACGUGGUUUCGCCGGGAAACUUCGGGAUGUUGGACCAGGUCCAGGUGCUGAAAUGGGUACAACAGAACAUACAAGCGUUUGGAGGUAACCCCGACAAGGUGACCAUAUUUGGAGAGAGCGCGGGCGGGGCCAGCGUGGGGAUGCACCUCGUCUCACCGGCCAGUAGGGGGCUCUUCUCACGGGCCAUCAUGCAGAGUGGUACGGGUCUGACUGAUUUCGCUUUCCGUCCGUCUGGCGUGGCGGACGCCAUGAGCCUGGCGGAACAGCUGGCCUGCAAUACCUCCAGCAGCCGCACGAUGGUGUCAUGUCUACGGGAGGUGGAGGCCCAAGUACUGGUCAACUCACAACCGCAACAGAUGUUGAAAGCAAAAUGGAUCCCAGUACUGGAUGAAAACUUCCUACCCAGAAGCCCCCGGGACUCUUUCCAAGAUGGCGACUUCCAGCGGUCCGCCAUCUUGUUGGGCACGGCGUCGGACGAGGGGGCGUUGAUGCUACUGAUGGAACAGCCAUUGUUCCUCACUAUGCAGAACCCAGGGAUCAGCAGGCCAGAUUACGAGUCCAUCAUAUCAAACUGGGCCGACUACAUGUACGGAGACGCCGCGGAUCUGGUUACAGAAGCGGUGCUGUACCGCUACACUGAUUGGUCAGACGCGUCGGACUCGGCCAAUCGCGUGCAGUACGUCCGGCAGACGACAGACUUCUACUUCGUCUGUCCGACCAAUCAGAUUGCAGACAUUUACGCGGGAGCCGGACAGAACGUUUAUGUGUAUCAGCUGACUCAUAGGUCAGGCGCGUCGAACACACCCCCAUGGGUAGGGGUACGUCACGCCGAUGACGUGCAGUACGUGUUCGGCUUCCCGCUGCUGCCGCCCUACGACCUGCCCGAGUACGAACUCCAGGACGAGACCCUGUCCGUCAACGUCAUACGUUUCUGGAGCAACUUCGCUCACACUGGGAACCCAAACCGCGAUGCUGACGGGACACGUCUCGAAGACGCCCCAAGAUGGCCGAAGUUCUCACGGAACGGGACCAACAGCUUAGCGUACAAGAAGCUGGAGCCGGGCCUGCCUAACGGCCGCGCCCUGCGAGCGGAGUUCUGCGCCUUCUGGGACAGAUACAUCCCGCACGUGCUAAACAUCAACUCAGAUUUGAAAAUAUCGACCAGAUGUCGCGAGUCGGCACCAGCAGCGUCCUCCUCAUUAACGAUAAGCAGUCGAUUAUUUACAGUUUUGUUUGUUUUAAUGAUUUGUUUGUUGAAUUAGAAUGAAGGUUCCAAUGUGUCUGUGAAUAGUACUGUCCUAAACCUAUCUUUGUUCCAACACGAAAAAGAAAGAAAACUCCAACCAAAAUUUCGUCAGUCUCCAUACUGCCUUCCUUAGCACAAAUUGCCAUUGCUUAAACACGUGACCCGAAGGACACGUGACUCAUUAAGGGUCAAAGGUGACUGAAAGUCUAUAUCGUCCCCCGUCUCAUCCGUUGAUAGGAUUGCGCGUUUGGACUGUUACGUGACGGAAGCUGUAGGUCGGUUAUAAUCCUUUGUUGUAGAAACGAUUUUAAAAAAUCGAUGUGUUGGAAUCAAAGCUGAGUUGAAGACAAUAUCCAGUGAAGUGAAGAUCGUCAAUUGUCUCCUUCAAAGAGGGUCUUCAAGAUUGAGAAGACGUCGUCAAAAUUCUACCUCAUUCCGUGAGAAUUAAGAUCUGUUGCAUGUCGGGGUAAUACAUAUUGCAAGUUAUAAACUACGCGUAUUGUGUUCGUUAUAUGGUUAAGCUGCAAUGUAUUUCAUCGUCAUGAGAAAUCUAUUAACAACGUUAUAAAAAUGUCAAAACAACCAACAUUCUUUUGAGGUUAUCUCGUUUAGGCUAAGGUAACAUUUCCAAACCGGGGUCCGGCCGGGCUGUUUGUGGAAUCGAAAAAUAGAAAUGUAUACGCAAAAAUAUAAACAUAUAAUGCCGACGAUUUUUCUCUUUACGUCUUGUUUUUCAUUUCAUACAUUUCGUUCCCAAAAGUUGCCCGGCCGGGCCCCGGUUUGGAAAUGUGACGCAGUUCUUUCGGUGAGGGGGCAGCGAAAGGAGACAAAGUAAUAUAAACAAACAAUACAACAAACAAA